AUGGAAUACCGGUACUCCUACGUCAUUGACCCGUCUUCCUAUGACAAUCAAGGGCUCUGCAAUGGUAUUCCCUUGCGCGUACAUCGCAACGCUGACAUUGAAGAAUAUGCAACGAUCAGUCUACGUAAUGACUGGAGGAAGCAUGUCGGGCCAUUGCCAUUGACGUCGUACGGAGGCAAUCUGGGCCCAAAAUAUAAUUUCACUGCAGUGACUCUUCCUGAGUGUCGUCCAGAUCGGCUCGAGAUUGUUUCAUACAUCAUGGAGUUCGCUUUCCUCCAUGACGACUUGGUAGACACAGCGCAGGUCGAUGAGGCACUGGCUCUCAAUGAUACGUGGAGAGACGGUAUCACAGAAGGUCUCGACACGACAUCAGCCAAGGGCAAGAAAUCUGGCGAGGGCCUCAUUCUACGCAACAUCCUUAAAGAAGUCACUGCCAUAGAUCCUGUACGAGCGGCCGAAUUAAUGAAAUUCUGGAAACGGGAUUUAGACGUCAGUCGAGAUCGAAAGCAUUUCAGAGAUUUUGAUGAUUAUAUGGAAUACAGAAUCGUGGAUUGCGCGUCCUACUUCUUGAUAGCACUGUCCACAUUCGCUAUGGCAUUGACUAUUCCCGCUGAGGACAAAGAUGAAGUGUUUACUCUAACCCGGCCUGUUUGGGCGGCGGCGGCACUCACGAAUGAUGUCCAAUCUUGGGAGAAGGAGGACAAGCUUUUCCAGAAAGACAAUGCCACAGACAUGACCAACGGUGUCUGGAUGUUGAUGAAGCAGUAUUCAAUCGGAGUAGAAGAAGCAAAGCGCCGCAUCCUGGAAAAGGCCAGAGAGCACGUUGCCGAAUUUGUUAGGACAUUGUCCCAAAUUCACAACAGACUCGACUUGUCUCUUGACUCCCGCUUGUUCGUCGAAGCGAUGCAGUAUAUGAUCAGCGGGAACCUCAUGUGGGGGAUUUCAACUCCACGAUACCAUUCAGACCAAAGUCUUGAUGAAAUGAUGGUUGCUCGCAUGAAAUAUGGGUGGCCGAACCAUCGCGAAGUGACCAAGCCUACCAGCGACCUCGAGAAUAGAGGCACGAAGCGAACUCACCAGGAUACAGAGGGCGUUCAAAGUGUCAAAAGAUUCAACGGCGCAAGCACCAAAAACGGUAUCAACGGCACAAACGGCAUCAACGGACUUAAUGGCAUCAAUGGCAGCAACGGUGUCAAGAUCAAACGUCAUAAGACCAAGGAAUGUUCGGGGGCUCUAACUAAAGAUAGUGACCUUGUACUUAACAUGGACUUGAAUGGACUUUCAAGCGCGAUAAUCUGCGCCCCAGCUGAUUAUAUCGGCUCCUUGCCGUCGAAAGGCAUUCGCGACAAUGUCGCCGACGCUUUGUCCAUCUGGUUGGAUGUCCCAGCUAAAGAGCUCAACCAGAUCAAGCGCGCCAUAAACUUGCUGCAUAAUGCUUCUCUGAUGCUAGAUGACGUGCAGGACGGCUCGGUUCUGCGAAGAGCACAACCCACAACGCACACAGUCUUCGGCCCUGCUCAAACCAUCAACUCCGCUGGACAUCAAAUCAUCCAGGCAAUGAAUGAAAUCAGGAAGCUAGGCAGUGAUGAUUGUCUCGACAUAUUUAGCGAGGAGUUGGAGAAGUUGUACGUUGGACAGAGCCAUGAUCUGUACUGGGUGUACAAUGACAGCUGUCCCACUAUCGAAGACUACUUCAAGAUGGUAGACUACAAAACAGGCGGACUUUUUAAUAUGCUGGCUAGGCUCAUGACAGCCAAAUCCAGCUCGUCCUCAAGCCCAGAUUUGACAGCUCUGGUUGGACUACUCGGAAGAUACUUUCAAAUACGCGAUGACUACAUGAAUCUUACUUCUGCGGACUAUACUGUGGAGAAAGGGUUCUGCGAAGAUCUGGACGAAGGCAAAUUCAGCAUCACCCUUCUACACGCUUUGAGUGCCGCCCCAGAACCCGAAGCCCUGCUGCUUCGGAACCUCAUGUCUGGGCGCCGCAAUGAUGGCAAGCUAUCAGUCGUGCAGAAAAACCUUGCCCUUAGCAUAAUUGAGGGAGCGCGUAGUCUGGAAUACACUGCGGCAGUAUUGCAGAAGCUCUACAAGGCAAUUGUCAGAGAGCUGGAGAGCACUGAACGGCAGUUCGGCGAAAACAAACCUUUCCGUUUCUUACUCAGCUUACUCAAAGUUUAG